AUGUCUGAAGAAACUAAUCAGGUCGCUGACCAGUUACAAAAGACUUACUUAGACGAUGUCACAGGCGAGCAAGUUUCCAAAACUGAGUUGAAAAAGAGACAGAAGCAGAGACAAGUUAAUGCUAAGAAAGCUGAGAAGGCUGCUAAAGCAGCAGCUUCUGCACCAAAAGUGUCCAAGAAGCAAGAUCAGAUGGCAGACUUGACUCCAAAUCAAUAUUUUGAAAUUAGAUCUCGUCAAAUUGAUGAAUUGAGAACUAUUUCAAAUGGUGAUCUGAAAGCUUUUAAUCCGUACCCCCAUAAGUUUAACGUAACCACGAAAUUGCCAGAAUUUAUUGAGAAGUAUCAACACUUGAAGAAAGGUGAAACUUUACCGAAUGAUAAAGUAAACGUUUCUGGAAGAAUUAUGGUGAAGAGAGAAGCAGGCUCUAAAUUGAAGUUUUAUGUCUUGAAGGGAGAUGGGGUUCAAGUACAAAUUAUGGCCCAAGCACAAGACGCACUGACUGCUGAAGAGUAUGAGAAGAUGCAUGAAUACUUGAGAAGGGGUGAUAUUAUUGGCGUUACUGGUUAUCCAGGAAGAACUAAUCCAGCAAAAGGGGGUGAAGGUGAGCUUUCUGUCUUUGCUACCACUGUACAGUUAUUGACCCCUUGCUUGCAUAUGUUGCCAACUGAACAUUUCGGAUUCAAAGACCAAGAAGCUAGGUAUAGAAAGCGUUAUUUGGAUUUGAUAAUGAAUGAUUCGACAAGAGAUCGUUUCAAGGUUAGAUCAAAGAUUAUCUCAUACAUUAGAAGAUUCUUUGAUUCCAGGGACUUUACCGAAGUUGAGACUCCAAUGAUGAAUGUUAUUGCAGGUGGUGCAACUGCAAAACCAUUUAUUACUCAUCACAAUGACCUUGACUUAGAUAUGUUCAUGAGAAUUGCUCCAGAAUUAUUUUUGAAAGAGUUAGUUGUCGGAGGAAUGGAUAGAGUAUAUGAAAUUGGUCGUCAAUUUAGAAAUGAAGGUAUUGAUAUGACGCAUAAUCCAGAAUUCACAACUUGUGAGUUUUAUAUGGCUUAUGCAGAUGUCUAUGACUUGAUGGAUUUGACAGAAUUGUUGUUUUCUGAAAUGGUUAAAGAAAUUACUGGUGAUUACAAGGUUUCUUACCAUCCAGAUGGUCCAGAAGGUGAAGCUUUAACCCUUGAUUUCUCAAGGCCGUGGAAAAGAAUUAAUAUGAUUGAAGAGUUGGAAAAGGUCUUCAAUGUUAAGUUCCCUCCUGGAGCAGAACUACACACUGCAAAAACUGGUGAAUUUUUGAAGAAAGUUUUAAAGGAUAAUAAUUUAGAAUGCUCCCCUCCAUUGACGAAUGCAAGAAUGUUAGACAAAUUAGUUGGUGAAUUGGAAGACACCUCUAUAAAUCCAACGUUCAUUUUCGGUCAUCCUCAGAUGAUGUCUCCAUUAGCUAAGAAGGACAGAAACCAUCCGGGACUUUGUGAAAGAUUUGAGGUAUUUGUCGCUACCAAAGAAAUUUGCAAUGCUUAUACCGAGUUGAAUGAUCCAUUUGAUCAAAGAGACAGAUUUGAAGAGCAAGCCAGGCAAAAGGCCCAGGGAGACGAUGAAGCUCAAAUGAUUGAUGAAACAUUCUGUAAUGCUUUAGAGUAUGGAUUACCUCCUACUGCUGGUUGGGGAUGUGGUAUCGAUAGACUUGCGAUGUUUUUAACUGACACUAAUACUAUCAGAGAGGUCUUGUUAUUCCCAACCUUAAAACCAGAUGCAGACACUUUAAUUAAAGUGGAACCAGAGAACUGA